AUGACUCCAGGUGAUAUAUCUUCUAACAAGUGUAUUGGACUCGAGUGUGGCAAAGCGGCUAAGCUGAAGUGUCCAACUUGUCUGAAAAUGAAGCUUCCGGACUCUUAUUUCUGCAGUCAAGUAAGUUUUCUUAUUGUUUUUCUUGAUAUUUAGGUAGAAUACUACAAGGUUAACACGAUGUGUUGAGUUAUUAUUGAUUGUAGAUGCCGAUCAACUGCUUUUUAUGAUUUUUUCGCUGAGGUGUGUUGAUAUUGAUGUAGUUUUGCAAACCUAAUCUAUUUUAACGCUUUUCGGACUUUUUCUUUUGAAAAUACAAAGCAGAAAAUGUCUAAAAUGAUAUAUAACAAGUUAUUUAAGGAUUGUUUUAAAAACAAUUGGGAGAUCCACAAGUUUUACCACAAAGCUCAGGAUAAAGCUGCCUAUAAUCCUUUCCCUGGAUUUAGUUACACUGGACCUUUGCGGCCUUAUCCUCAAACUCCGAAGAGAGCUGUUCCAGAGAGUAUACCUUAUCCCGAUUAUGCUUCUCAUCCAGAAGGAGUUUCUUUGGAAGAACGAAACUCGAAAAUGGCUGGACAUAUUGUUGUAGGUUUUUUUCCGGUUUUUUAUUGUUUUAGAUUGACUUUUGGCUUCUUCACGUUGUUAAAGGCAAAUUUUAUAAUCGUGCACUUUGGUUAUAUAGUGUUUGUUUUUGACACUGUUUUACAACAUUUGACGGCUUUUGAUUAAAAAACUAUCAUUUAAGGUUAACAACGAAGAAGAGAUUGAAGGAGUCCGUUUGGCCGCGAAACUCGGUCGAGAAGUACUAGACGCCGCUGCAGCGGCUGUUGAUGUUGGAGUGACGACUGAUGAACUUGAUAAGAUUGUGCAUGAAGCUUGUUUGGAAAGAGAAUGUUACCCAUCACCACUUGGGUACUACAAGUUCCCAAAAAGUUGCUGUACCUCUGUCAAUGAAGUGAUUUGCCACGGAAUUCCUGAUCUCAGGCCUUUGGAAAAUGGAGAUUUGUGCAAUAGUAAGAUAUUUAUGAAAUUUUAUGAUAAAUUAUUGAUAACAUUAAUUUAGCACACAUCUUCUAAUAUUAUUUUACUUUUAUUGAAAUAUUGAACACUUUUAUUUUAUCUGAUUUCAGUUGAUGUAACUGUGUAUCAUCGUGGGUUCCACGGAGAUUUGAACGAAACCAUAUUGGUUGGAGACAAGGUAUCAAAAGAGGACAGAGACUUGGUCAGAGUCACAUACGAAUGUCUUCAACAAGCUAUUGCUACCGUUCGGCCAGGCGUCAAAUACCGUGACUUGGGCAAUGUGAUCUCAAAACACGCGUCAGCUAAUGGAUUUUCUGUUGUGAGAAGGUUCACUGGUCAUGGUAUUCAUCGGCUGUUUCAUACUGCUCCCAACGUUCCUCAUUAUGCUAGUAAGUGUCUUAUUUUGGGAUUUACUUUUUUUAAUUGUAACUUUUUAUUAUUUACUUUGAUUUUUUUCUUGUUUAGUUUAAUUUGUGUAGUAAAAUACGAAGAGUUUUGUAUUUUAGUUGUAUAAUGUUAUUGUUUAGAAAACAAGGCUAUUGGUAUCAUGAAACCUGGCCAUAUCUUCACGAUUGAGCCUAUGAUCAACAUUGGAUCAUGGCACGAUGAAAUGUGGCCUGAUGACUGGACUGCGGUUACUGUAAGUUUUUUUUAUCUGAAAAUUGUUUUGAUGAUUAAUUUUUUUAAAUUUAAAAUUUUUAAAAAAGAUUUAACUUUCGCAGAGGCAAAAGCACUGAUUCCUGUAAUUUUCAGCGCGACGGUAAGAAAUCAGCUCAAUUCGAACAAACAAUGGUGGUCACUGAAGAUGGAGUCGAUGUAUUGACUGAGAGACCUUCAAAACGCCCAUGGUUUAUGGAUCAAAUCGACGCAAAAUAUAGUAAAUAG